AUGAGAACUUCGUCAGCAUUUGCGAUUGGAGCGGCUCUCCCUUGGCUCUUUCAAACCGCGAUAUCUCAGACAGCGCAGCCAGACGACCAUCCUAUUCUUCUUCUCAGCGAGGAUGAGUCUUUCCAUUACGAACUGCUGUUACCCUUUGGAAAUGCCAUUUACGGUGGCGCAGAUGUCAAUACCUUAUUGAGUGCUGCCAAAAGGAUCAAACCUGGAGAUUUCGACAGCUUCAGCGAAGUCUUCUAUGACCUUGGGAAUAGCACAAAGCUCCAGGCAGAAGAUCCCGAGAAUGCUUACGAUCCUGUCAACGUGAGAGACACCUGGUUCUCGGCGGCGAAUUAUUUCCGCCGUGCCGACUUCUACAUACACGGAGACUGGGAAAACCCGCUGAUAGACCUUCUUUGGAAGGAGCAGAGAAGCGCCUUUGACAAAGGUCUUUCGUCCUUGACACAUCCAGCACACCGUGUUCAGAUUCCUGCUGCGGAGAACUUCUGGUACGCUCCAUCUGACGAAGUCAUACCUCGUCCGACCAUGGUUCUCUGCAAUGGCUACGACGGUGCCCAAGAAGAUAUGUACCACACGAUUGUCGUCCCGGCGUUGGCUCGUGGAUGGAAUGCUAUUACGUAUGAAGGUCCCGGUCAGCCUACGGUGCGUCGAGAGCAGAAUAUCGGCUUCAUCCACAAUUGGGAAGCCGCAGUGAACCCAGUCGUCGACUAUGUGCUCUCGGAAAAAAGGGAUGUGGUCGACAGUGAUCGUCUUGUACUGUACGGCCAUUCGCUGGGUGGCUACCUUGCCGCACGAGCUGCCGCUUUUGAGCCACGCGCGGCUGCUGUCGUCCUCAAUGGGGGAAUAUUUAAUGUUUUCGAUUCCUUUGCAGGUCAAUUGCCGCCCGACGCAAGGGCGCUACUAGACACGGGAGCCCAAGAAGCCUUUGACGAGGGAAUUUCCGCCUUACUGACACAGCCCAAUCUUCCUUCAGGUCUUAGAUGGGGUAUCGAACACGGCCUAUGGGCCUUCAAUACCCGGUCUGGGUUUGAGUUUUUCCAAAAAGCCAGAGCAUUUGACAUGGAAGGUGUGGUGAAUCAAAUUCAAAUGCCAGUCUUGACUGUGGAUGCCGAGUUUGAACAGUUUUUCGCAGGCCAGUCGGAGUUAUUGGCUGAGGCCCUCGGUGAAGUGGCUACGUUUCAUCUCUUCGAUGGUGAAGCCGGCUACCAUUGUCAAGCUGGGGCGCUUCAAGAGCUGAACAGGUUCGUGUUUGCGUGGCUACACAAGACGCUGCAAUGA